GCUAGUCAUAGCUGGGACUGUCAACCAGAGCACCUACGCAUGGCCUUCUUAGCAAGGUGGUCUUGGGGUAGUCUGACUGUUUACAGCCUGGCUGGCUUUCCUCAGAGCAGGUAUCCCAAGAAAAUCAGGUGGAAGCUGCAUGACUUUUUCUGACUUAGCCUCAGACAUCACACAGCAUCACUCCUGCUGCAUUCUAUUGGUUACACGAGAGUCACAAGUCCAGCCCAGAUUCAAGGGAGGUGAAUUGGACUCCACCUUCUGAUGUCAAAGUGGUAUAGUUAUAUUGCAGAAGACCAUGUGGGAUGGAGGAUAUUGUCCUGGCUAUCUUUGAAAAAUACAACCUGCCACUCUGAGAAGCAAAUAGUCACGUUCCUGCUCGUAAAGAGAAAAGUGGUCCUCAACAAGGGCUUGAGAGCUUCUUCUGCUACUGGGUGCUGGACCUCAGCUUCCUACCGUCUGUGUCCUCCAGAAGUUGUCUGGAACAAUGUUCAUCUUGUGCAUGGUGAUCAUGGCCACUUCUGCCUUCGCUCUUCGGCCUGAGGAACACACAGUGGCUGCAAGAAAUUGCCAAUUUCGUGGCAAGCAUUUCAAAAAGUACUUCCGGGUGGAAGGGGAGCCUGUGGUCCUGAGGUGCCCCCAGGCGCGGUCUUGGUUGCAGACCUCUGCCAGCCCCAACCUCAACAUGAUGUGGCAUAAAAACGACUCUGGUAGGAUGGUCCCAGGAGAAGAGACACGCAUGGGGGUCCAGGACGGGGCUCUGUGGAUUUUGCCAGCCUUGCAGAGGGAUUCGGGCACCUACAUCUGCACUGUCAGAAAUGCCUCUUAUUGUGAUGAAAUGUCCAUUGAGCUCAGGGUGUUUGAAAAAACAGAAGCUUCUCUGCCCUUCACCUCAUACCCGCAAAUUGUAACCCUGUCAACGUCGGGAUUGUUAGCUUGCCCUGAGCUGAGUGAGUUCACCCACAACAAAACGGGCUGGAGUAUUCAAUGGUACAAGGAUUCUGCUCUUCUGGGUCAAGACAAUAAAAAGUUUCUGAGCUUGAGGGGAACCACUCGCUUAUUGAUACACAAUGUGUCCAUGGAGGAUGCAGGCUAUUACAGCUGUGGCUUGGCAUUUUCCCAUAAUGGCACUCGGUAUAACAUCACAAGGCAUAUUAAAGUGCAUGUCAACCAAAAAGAAGAGGAGCCAAUUCCGGUGAUUGUGUCUCCCCGCAAAACCAUAUUAGCUUCACUGGGGUCAAGACUAACGAUCCCAUGUAAGGUGUUCCUGGGAGUCGGCAUAAAAUCAACCUCCCUUGUGUGGUGGACAGCCAACGACACUAGCAUAGACAAUGCCUACCCAGGAGGCCGAGUGUCUGAGGGGCUGGACAAGGAAUAUUCAGAAAAUAAUGAGAACUACAUUGAAGUGCCGUUGGUUUUUGAUCCAGUCAUAAGGGAGGAUUUGAACACAGACUUUAAAUGCACUGUCACUAGUAGAAUGAGUUUUCAGACACUACGAACCACAGUUAAAGAAGCCUCCACCUUCUCCUGGGAGAUUGCUCUGGCUCCCCUCUCGCUGGUCUUCUUGGUUUUGGGGGGAAUCUGCGUGCACAGAUGGUGUAAACACAGACCUGGAAAAGGAUAUAGUCUGACCAGGAUGAAGACCAGUUAUGAAGAUUUUUAAUGCAUCCAGCUAAAAUAAUAGAGGAAAGAAAAUAACUCAAGUACCAGCUACAUCCUUUUCUAUGGAAAUGGCUCUUCCUUUUUGAGGGACUCUGUUCAUUCCUCAGUGUUAACAAAGCCACUAUGUUUAUAGUGGGCUUGUAAUAAAACAGUGAAGUACUAUGUACCUUGUAUCUGAAACUGAAUGAGUGGAGUAUGUAUAUGUGGUGUGCACAUGAGUAUAUGUAUGUGGAGGAGUGAGUAGCUCUAUGAUUUGUGACCUAUUAAAAAGAGCGAGGGGCCCUUGGGCCUUAGUAAGCGUUGAAAAUAUCUAAAUGAGUUUUGAACUCAUUCAUUUUUUCCUUCUACAAAAAUAUAUUAAAAAUCUGUUUUGACAAGGCUGUAUGGGAGGUAUUGUAGAUACAAAGAUAGAAGAUGGAAUUUGAGCAUUAUGUUCUUUUAAAAUCUAUCUAUUUGGAAUCAAACUGACAACAGCAAAUUGAAAGACUAGAUAGGAACCUUCGGGGACAGUGAGUUUAUGUUUAUGCUAAUGCGGGAGGAACAACUCAGAAAAGGAGGGUGAGAAUGGUUGCGCAACUUGAAGAAUGUGAUCAAUGUCACUGAAUUGUACAUGUAGAAACUGUUGAGUUGGUGUAUGUUUUGCUUUGAAUAUUCUCAACAACAACAAUGACAAAAUAAAGCAAUUAUUUAAAAAAAAGGACUUCAAUUUUGGGACUGGAAAAGAUGAUUUAGAAAUGUUAAAGAAAAAUCAGAAGAAUUGGUGAAUUUUUUGGAAAGACUGAUCCAAAAAGGAAUGAUUAAAAUAGAGUGGACUGUCCAAAAUAUACACAAGUUGGAACAUACAAAUGAAUGAAGAAAUUGACCCAAUGUAAUAAUAAUGUUCCUGAAAAUAGGGGAGGAAGACAGGGUAUUCAGAUAAUUGCAUCCAAAUCAAAAAUUGCAUACAGAUAAAAAUAAAAAAUAAUUCAGAGCCUUUUUUUUAUAGCAUACACCAGAAAAUUCCAGAUAAAUUAAAGAGUUAAAGUAUAAAAAUCAAAUUAGAGGAAAAUUAGCAUGGCGGCCUUGUCUUUCUUUAAAUGUGACCUUUUCAGAGGCCCUUCAAAAAUACUACUUCCUUCCAUCGCCCCAUGUCCCCUCACCCUGUGCUGUUUCAUCACAGCCCUUAUCACCACUAGAUCUUACAUUAUACAGUUGCUUGUUUAUUUACUUUUUUUGUGGUGUGUCUUAGUUAUCUAGUGCCGCUAUAACGGAAAUACAAAUGGAUGGCUUUAACAAAGAUAAAUUUAUUCUCUCACAAUCUAGGAGGCUAGAAGUCCAAAUUCAGGGUGCCAGCACCAGGGGAAGGCUUUUUCUUUUUUGUCAGCCCUGGGGGAAGGUCCAUGUUAUCAAUUAUCUCCUGGUCUAGGAGUGUCUCCGCACAGGGACCCCGGGUCCAAAAGAUGCAUGCCACUCCUGGCUGUGCUUUCUUGGUGGUAGGAGAUCCUCCUUUCUCUCUGUUCCCUUCACUCUUUUAUGUCUCAAAAGAGAUUGACUUAAGACACAACCUAAUCUUGUAGAUUGAGUCUGGUCUCAUUAACAUAACUGCCUCUAAUCCUGCCCCACUGGCAUCAUAGGGAUAGGAUUUACAACACACAGGAAAAUCACAUCAGAUGACAAAACGGUGGACAAUCACACAACACUGGGAAUCAUGGUCUAGCCAAGUUGACACACAUUUUCUGGGGGGACACAAUUCAAUCCAUAACAUUGCACAAUAUAUAUAACAAAACAUUUGCCUUAUUAACCAUUUCUAAGUGGAUAAUUCAGCAACAUUACUUAUAUUCACCCUGUUGUGUGACCAUCACCACUAUCUAGUUCCAAAACCCUUUCGUUAUCCCACACAGAAACUCUGUACCAAUUAAGCAAAACUCCUCAUUCUUCCGGCCCCCAACCUCUGAUCUACUUUCUGUCUUUAGGCAUUUGUCAGUUUUUUGUACUUCAUGUAAUUGGGAUCAUACAACACUUGUGUUUUGGGACUGACUCAUUUUCUCUCAGCAUGAUGUUUUCAAGGCUCAUCCGUAAUAGCAUGUAUCAGGCUCCAUUCCUCUUUAUGGCUGAAUAAUACUCCAUUCCAUGUGUGCAUCACAUUUCAUUUAUCUAUUCAUUUGUUGAUGGAUAUUAUUGUAUUCCGUCUGCUUUCUAUACCCAAUGAGAGAUCCAUUAGGGCAAAGAUGUCAUUGUGGUCACAGCUGUGUCACCAUUGCCUAAAAUCAUGCCUGACACACAGUGAACAUUUAAUACGAAUUUGUAGCAUAAAUAAAAUAGGACAGAAUCUCCUGCGUUCACUACUAGUAAAAGAAUCACAAGAGUAAAGAUUUACAGACUGGAUUAUGUUACAAUUUCUGCACAAUAAAAAAUAAAAGAAAAAUUUAUAGGAAAUCCUGAAAAACAAGCUCAAGGAAUUAAAAACUGUAGCAUAUAGGGUUAUUCACAUCUUUAAGAAAAGAUUAACAAUCCUCAUAGAUAAAAGGGCGAAGAAUGUGGUUAGGAAAUUUGUAGAAGAAACACACACAAAGGAUCACAUGGAAAAAUGACCGAUUUUAGUAAUAAUCAGAUACAUAAAUUGAAGCCACUUUGGGAAACCAAUGCUCUCACCCACUGUUGUUGUUAGCUGCCAUGGACUCAGUUCCAACUCACAGCCACCCUGUGUACAACAGAAGAAAACGCUGUGUGGUCCUGUGCCACCCUCACAAUCGUUGCUAUCUUUGAACCUGUUGUUGCAGCCACCAUGUCAAUCCAUUUCCUUGAGGGCCUCCCUCUUUUUUGCUCACCCUCUACUUUACCAAGCAAGAUAUCCUUCUCCAGGGCUGGUCCCUCCUGAUAACACGUCCAAAGUACUUGAGACAAAGUCUCACCAUCAUCCCUUCUAAGAAGCAUUCCGACUAUACUUUUUCCAAGACACAUGUGCUUGUUUUUCUGGCAGUCCAUGGAAUAUUUCAGUAUUCUUCACCAACAUAGUAAUUCAAAUGUAUCAAUUCUUAUUUUGUCUUCCUUAUUCAUUGACCAGCUUUCACAAGCAGAUUAGGCAUUUGAAAACACCAUGGCUUGGGUCAGGUGCUCCUUAGUGCUCAAGGUGACAUCUUUGCUUUUUAACACCUGAAGGAAGUCCUUUCACCUGAUUUGCCCAAUACAAUACAUCCUUUGAUUUCUCGACUGCUGUUUUUAUGGGCAUUGAUUGUCGAUCCAAGUAAAAUGAAAUCCUUGACAACUUCAGUAUGUCCUCCAUUUAUCGUGACGUUGCUUAUUGGUCCAGUUGUGAGGAUUUUUGUUUUCUUUAUGUUGAGAUGUAAUCCAUACUGAAGACUGUAGUCUUUGAUCUUCAUCAGUAAGUGAUUCAAGUCCUCUUCACUUUCUGCAAGCAAGUUUGUGUCAUUUGCAUAUCAUAGGUUGUUAAUUAGCCUUCCGCCAAUCCUGAUGCCAUGUUCUUCUUCAUAUAGUCCAGGUUCUCCGGUUAUUUGCUCAGUAUAUGGAUUGAAUAGGUACGGUGAAAGGGUACAACCCUGAUGCAUACCUUUCCUGACUUUAUUUAUUUUUAAUAAUUUUUAUUGUGCUUCAAGUGAAAGUUUACAAGUCAGUCUCUAACGCAAAAACCCCUAUACACCUUGCUACAUACUCCCCAUUACUCUUCCCCUAAUGAGACAGCCUGCUCUCUCCCUCCACUCUCUCUUUUAGUGUCCAUUUCACCAGCUUCUAACCCCCUCCACCCUCUCAUCUCCCCUCCAGGCAGGAGAUGACAACAUAGUCUCAAGUGUCCACCUGAUCCAAAAAGCUCACUCCUCAGCAGCAUCCCUCUCCAACCCAUUGUCCAGUCCAAUCCAUGUCGGAAGAGUUGGCUUCGGGAAUGGUUCCUGUCCUGGGGCAACAGAAGGUCUGGGGGCCAUGACCACUGGGGUCCUUCCAGUCUCAGUCAGACCAUUAAGUCUGGUCUUUUUAUGAGAAUUUGGGGUCUGCAUCCCACUACUCUCCUGCUCCCUCAGGGGUUCUUUGUUGUGUUCCCUGUCAGGGCAAUCACUGGUUGUAGUCGGGUACCAUCUAGAUCUUCUGGUCUCACAAUGAUGUAUUCGCUGGUUCAUGUGGCCCUUUCUGUCUUUUGGGCUCGUAAUCACCUUGUGUCCUUGGUGUUCUUCAUUCUCUUUGAUCCAGGUGGGUUGAGACCAAUUGAUGCAUCUUAGAUGGCUGUUUGCUAGUGUUUGAAACCCUAGACGCCACUCUUCAAAGUGGAAUGCAGAAUGUUUUCUUAGUAGAUUUUGUUAUGCCAAUUGACUUAGUUGUCCCCUGAAACCAAGGUCCCCAGACCCCUGCCCCAGCUACGCUAGCCUUCGAAGCAUUCAGCUUAUUCAGGAAACUUCUUUGCUUUUGGUUUAGUCCAGUUGUGCUGACCUCCCCUGUAUUGUGUCUUUCCCUUCACCUAAAGUAGUUCUUAUCUACUAUCUAAUUAGUGAAUGCCCCUUUCCCACCUUCCCUCCCUCCCCCGUCUCGUAACCACAAAAGAAUGUUUUCUUCUCAGUUUAAACUAUUUCUCAAGGUCUUAUAAUAGUGGUCUUAUACAAUAUUUGUCCUUUUGAAACUGACUAAUUUCACUCAGCAUAAUGCCUUCCAGGUUCCUCCAUGUUAUGAAAUGUUUCCCAGAUUCCUCACUGUUCUUUAUCGAUGCGUAGUGUUCCAUUGUGUGAACAUGCCAUAAUUUAUUUAUCCAUUCAUCCGUUGAUGGGCAUCUUGGUUGUUUCCAUGUUUUUGCUAUUGUAAACAGUGCUGCAAUAAACAUGGGUGUGCAUAUAUCUGUUUGUGUAAAGGCUCUUAUUUCUCUAGGAUAUAUUCCGAGGAGUGGGAUUGCUGGAUCGUAUGGUAUUCUAUUUCUAACUUUUUAAGGAAGUGCCAAAUCGAUUUCCAAAGUGGUUGUACCAUUUGGCAUUCCCACCAGCAGUGUAGAAGUGCUCCAAUCUCUCCACAGCCUCUCCAACAUUUAUUAUUUUGUGUUUUUUGGAUUAAUGCCAGCCUUGUUGGAGUGAGAUGAAAUCUCAUUGUAGUUUUGAUUUGCAUUUCUCUAAUGGCUAAUGAUCGUGAACAUUUCCUCAUAUAUCUGUCAGCUACCUGAAUGUCUUCUUUAGUGAAGUGUCUAUUCAUAUCUUUUGCCCAUUUUUUAAUUGGGUUAUUUGUCUUUUUGUAGUUGAGUUUUUGCAGAAUCAUGUGGAUUUUAGAGAUCAGGUGCUGAUCAGAAAUGUCAUAGCUAAAGACUUUUUCCAAGUCUGUAGGUAGUCUUUUUACUUUUUUGAUGAAGUCCUUGGAUGAGCAUAAGUGUUUGAUUUUUAGGAGCUCCCAGUUAUCUAGUUUUUCUUCUACAUUCUUUAUAAUGUUUUGUAUACUGUUUAUGCCAUAUUUUAGGGCUCCUAACAUUGUCCCUAUUUUUUCUUCCAUGAUCUUUAUAGUUUUAGAUUUGAUAUUUAGGUCUUUGAUCCAUUUUGAGUUAGUUUUUGUGCAUGGAGUGAGGUAUGGGCCUUGUUUCAUUUUUUUGCAGAUGGAUAUCCAGUUCUGCCAGCACCAUUUGUUAAAAAGACUGUCUUUUCCCCAUUUCACUGUUUUGGGGCCUUUGUCAAAUAUGAACUGUUCAUAUGUGGAUGGAUUUAUGUCUGGAUUCUCAGUUCUGUUCCAUUGGUCCAUGUAUCUGUUGUUGUACCAGUACCAGGCUGUUUUGACUACUGUGGCAGUAUAAUAGGUUCUAAAAUCAGGCAAAGUAAGGCCUCCCACUUUGUCCUUCUUUUUCAGUAAUGCCUUAUUUAUAUGGGGCCUCUUUCCCUUCCACAUGAAGUUGGUGAUUUGUUUCUCCAUCUCACUAAAGAAUGUCCUUGGGAUUUGGAUCAGAAUUGCAUUAAAUGUAUAGAUCGCUUUUGGUAGAAUAGACAUUUUUAUAAUGGUAAGUGUUCCUAUCCAUGAGCAAGGUAUGUUCGUCCCCUUAUGUAGGUCUCUUUUGUUUUCUUGCAGAAGUGUACUGUAGUUUUCUUUGUAUAAGUCUUUUACAUUUCUGGUAAGAUUUAUUCCUAAGUAUUUUAUCUUUUUGGGGGCUACUGUAAAUGGCAUUGAUUUGGUGAUUUCCUCUUCGAUAUUCUUUUUGUUGGUGUAGAGGAACCCAACUGAUUUUUGUAUGUUUACCUUGUAUCCGGAUACUCUGCUAAAUUCUUCUAUUAGUUUCAGUAGUUUUCUGGAGGAUUCCUUAGGGUCUUCUGUGUAUAAGGUCAUGUCAUCUGCAAAUAGAGAUACUUUGACUUCUUCCUUGCCAAUCUGGAUGCCCUUUAUUUCUUUAUCUAGCCUAAUUGCUCUGGCUAGGACUUCCAGCACAAUGUUGAAUAAGAGCCCCUUCCUGACUUUGAAUCACCCAGUAUCCCCUUAUUCUGUUCUAACAACUGCCUCUUGGUCUAUGUACAGAUUCCGCAUGAGCACAAUUAGUGUUCUGGAAUUCCCAUGCUUCAUAAUGAUAUCCGUAAUUUGUUAUGACCCACAUAGUCGAAUGCCUUUGCAUAGUCAAUAAAACACAGGUAAACAUCUUUCUGAUAUUCUCUGCUUUCAGCCAAGACCCCUCUGAUAUCAGCAAUGAUAGCCCUCGUUUCAUGUUCGUUUCUGAAUCCAGCUUGAAUUUCUGGCAGUUCCCUGUCAAUGUACUUAAUGCUGCAUCUAUUUUUGAUUUAUCUAUAGCAAAAUUUUACUUGGGUGUGAUACUAGUGAUAUUGUUCAAUAAUUUCUACAUUUUGUUGGAUAAGUUUUCUUUGGUAUGGGCACAAAUAUGAAUCUCUUCCAGUUGGUUGGCCGGUGAGCUGUCUUCCAAAUUUCUUGGCAUAGAUGAGUGAUUGCUUCCAAUGCUGCAUUCAUUUGUUGAAACAUUUCAGUUGGUAUCCUGUCAAUUCCUGGAGUCUUGCUUUUCACUAAUGCCUUCAGUGCAGCUCAGGCUUCUUCCUUCAAUACCAUCGGUUCUUGAUCGUAUGCUACCUUCUGAAGUGGCUGAACAUAGACCAGUUUUUUUUUUUGGCACGGUGACUCUGUGUAUUCCUUCCAUCUUUUCUAUGUGUCCUGCAUCAUUCAAUAUUUUGCCCAUAGAAUCCUUCCAUACUGCAACCUGAAAUUUGAAUUUUUUCUUCAGUUCUUUUAGCUUGAGAAAUACCAAGCAUGUUUUUUUCCCUUUUGGUUUUCUAAUUCCAAGUCUUUGCACAUUUCAUUUUAAUACUUUACUUUAUCUUCUUGAGCUACCCUUUGAAAUCUUCUGUUCAGCUCUUUUACUUCAUCAUUUCUUCCAUUUGCUUUAGGUAACUGUACAUUCAAGAGCAAGUGUCAGAGUAUUUUCUGACAUGCAUUUUGGACUUUUCUUUGUUUUUAAUGAUCUUUGCUUUCUUCAUCUAUGAUGCCCUUGAUGUCAUUCCACAACUUGCUUAUCUUCAGUCAUUAAUGUUCAAUGCGUCAAAUCUUGAGAUGGUCUCCAAAUUCAGGUAGGAUGUACUCAAAGUUACACUUUGGCUCUUAUGGGCUUGUCUUAAUUUUCUUUAGCUUCAACUUGAAUUUGCAUAUGAGCAACUGAUGAUCUGUUUUGUAGUCGUCCCCCUGGCAUUGUUCUGACUAAUGAUAAUGAGCUUCUCCACCAUGUUCUCACACACUAUCAAAUGCUGUACCAAGCCUGUUACACCAUGUAAUCAAAACCCAGAACCGAGCACCAUGUAAUACCAUGUGUAAUUUAGUCCUGGGAGGCAAAAAGGCUACAUGUAUCUGCUAGUCGUAGUCCCUGGGUGAGGCAAAUGGCUAAGUGCUCAGCUACUAACAGAAAGGUUGUUGCUUUGAACCUACCCAGUGGCACCUUAUUAUUUGAAAGGAAGAGCUGGUGACCUACUUCUGAAAGAUCAUAGCCAUUGAAAAUUCCAUGAAGCACUGGUCUACUCUGAAACACACAUGGGGUUGCCAUGAACCAGAAUCAACUCUAUGGCAACUGGCUUGGUUUGAUUUAUUCAGCCAGUGGGGUGAGGAAGGAGGGGUUAGCUGUACCUACUUGCAGGACCUGAGUGUGCUUAUCUCUCCCCAGCUGUGUUCAGUGAUGCCAUAUUGGUAGCUUGAAAUCAGCCAUUGUGGGAGGAUUUACACCACAGAGAUUGCCAAAUGCCACAAUUCUACUUGUUGCUACCAUUUACUAGCACGCUACUACAUGAGUCAUAGAGAUGCCCGUAACACUACUCUUGAGGAUUCAUGAAAUAAUUCAAUAAAAUAAAAUGACUAGAUACAUGAAAUUCUUUAGUGAAGUUGAUUAACCUGAUAACACAAACUGAUGCAGCAAUUAUAAAUUACAACGAUCAAGAUUGUGAGAUUGAAAUAUUUAUGAUGUGAAGGAAGAAUUAUAAAUGGUUUUCUCCUAGUUAUGAUUGAAACAAUAUUAAGAUUUGUCCUCAUAUAGAGAAAAAGUAAAUUGCGGAAACAUGUCUGAGAUGGAAGGUUAGGUGAGAAAGGAGCAAACUGCUGCUCUGGGUGUUUCUGCCUGUUUUGGGUCCUUGGGUCCUCAGGCCUGGGCACAGCACUGCUGGGCUUCCCUCGCCAGUGCCCUGUGGAAGCCCACACCCUCAGAUUUUGGCAGCUUCAGCAACGACCUAGAAAAACAGCUGACUACAGCUAGAAGGAACUGCCUAGGACUGUUUAGACUCUACCUUGACUGACGGAGUCCCAUAUUUCAGUUUGGGGUUCACUGUGAGAAGAAGCAUGAGAAAAUCAGCAUUUUUGAAUACUGGAUGUAUGAUAAUAUUAAGGAGUAAGUGUGAUGUUAAGAUUAUAAGAUUAAAAAAAAAUUAUCUCUGGUGGUGCAGUGGUUAAGAGCUCAGCUGCUAACCAAGUUUGGCAGCUUGACUCCACCAGCUGCUCCUUGGAAACCCCAUAGGUUGUUCUACUCUGUCCUAUAGGGUUGCUAUGAGUCAUAAUCAACUUGAUGGCAACAGAUCUUUUUUUUUGGUUUUUAUCUUUCUAAAAGACAUACUAAAAUAUUUAUGGAUGGUAUGAUACGUCUGGGAUUUGCUUCAAAAUAAUACAAAGUUAGAUGGAAGCUUUAAUAAGGAAUGUAUUAGCAAUAUACUGUGGAAAAACUGAGUUCCAGAAAUGUUUAUUUGUAGCCUGGUGCCCUUUCAUUUAAAAUAAAAACCAACUAAAACUAAACUUUCUCUUUCCUUCUCUCUAUACAUACAUUAAUUUUUAAGAGCACAUCUGUAUGUUAUAAAACUUGCCUCACCAGGGACUGGUACUGGCUGGAUGCAUGUCGCCUUUAUAAGAAAACAAGAGAACAACAAACUUGAGGUUCAGGGUUAUGAUGACCUUGGGCGAGAGGCAGGGGUGGGAUGGGUUAGAAAGCUGUGAGUUCUAUCAGGUUCUAGAUCACAGUUUGGUGGUAGAUUGUUAGUGUUUGACUAUCAAACAAACAUUUAAAAACAGGCUAAUCAUGGGCUGAUGAAGAGUGUGUGUUUUGAACCAAAGAUGAUGAGUAAGCUAAUUCUGGGCCCCUGGAGCCCUGGUGGUGCAGCAGUUAAGAGCUUCGCUGCUAACCAAAAGGUCAGCAGUUCAAAUCCACCAGCUACUCUUUGGGAACCAUAUAAGAUUUUUCUACUCUGUCCUGUAGGGUCGUUAUGAGUCAGAAUUGACUUGAAGGCAACAGGUUUGAUUUUGGUUUUUAAGUCCAAAUUAGACAAAAAAAAGAAAUAAGGUAACUCUCUGUACUUUGUAAUUUUUUUCAUAAAAACUAACCUGCUCUAAAAAAUAAAGUCCAUUUAAAAAAAGAAAACAAAACAAGAGGGUUUCCUUCCUUAAUGUGACUGACUUCAUUAUUUUAUGUUGAUUCUACUGGUUUGACUUGCUGAAGGUGAAUUUUUUACCUCUCCCUACAAAAUCUGGCAAGGAGAGGGCAGUAAGUAGUUUCUGGAAACCUUAUACCCCUCUGAGAACCUAUAGGAAAACAAAACAAGUCGUAUAUAGUAGGAUAGUACCUCCCCGGGAACUUACAGGCGGAUGAUGGGUACUAGUACCAGGCACCAGAAAUAAAGCACACACUAAAAAACAAAUCUGAUAUCCCAAGUAUUUCACAGGCUAAUUUUUUUUUUUUUAUGGGGAAUAGGGGCUUUCAGAAAGGGUGGGUGUUGUUUCCCAUAAGAUCCUCAAAAGCAGGGACAUUCUUGCUCUCUGAUGUAUCCCCAGUCCUGGCAGUGCCCUGCCACAUAGUAGGCUCUUGAGAGGUGUUUGCUGCAUGGUUGGACACACAGUGUGUUACUGGGUUUUCCCAGGACAGCCAGCCUGUGGGAACUAGCAGAUUCGCAUUAGCAGGGCUCCUUCCAGGCUCUCUGCUCCUGCCUUGACUGCCAAGCUCUCUGGUUAUUUCCACGACCUCCUGGCAACAGUUUAUCUCUUGUUUUUGUUUCUGUUUUACUGUUUUUGUUGACCCCACCCUUUGGUAUCUGUGGCCCCUGUCAUCUCUAUGGCCUCCUUAUGACUGCCUCUGGCACCCCACAGAGGCCACUGCCCCUCACUGUCCAGAGCACAAGUGUCCAGCUGCCAUACUGGACCAUAUCCUCUGUCACACCAGGCCCCCCCCCCAUGCUCUCUCUGAGUCGCUUCUCUGCUCUGUGACUCACAAGGUCAGUGAGACCCCAGAGUGGGUGCCUGGGCCCUGGCCUUCCCUCAGGAGGGGCCUGCAGCCUCUCCUCAGGGUUCAGCCACAAGUCUGUCCUCCUCCUCCCUGGUCUGCCUGCAAAACCACUUCCUCAUUCUUCUUCAGACAGAGCACAGCCAAACAUACCCUGUGCAAAGAAAGUCCCAGAAGUGUUACCCACCAGUUCUUCAGAAAAGCCCAGCCUGCAGCAGCCAGGCCUUGAAGGGAGCCCAGGCUGCGGUGACCAGGCCCUGAGGGAGGCCCAGCCUUCAGGGACCAGGCUCUGAGGGAGGCCCAGGAGUCAGGUCUUGUGGGGACAAUAGCUAAUCAGCCCAUAGCAAGGACAAGGGGUGAGAAGACUUUAAGAAGUUUAAAGAGGUUUUAGAGGAAAACAAUGGGAGCAAAAGAAAGAAGGAAGAAGGAGAAACUAACCCUUAAAUAUCUGAGAUGUGGCAGAUUCUACACGUUACCUAA